AUGGCGACCAAAACCACUCUUCUCGCUCGCGCACCAGUGUCCGUGGCCAAAGAUCAUACCGACAACAGCAGCAUCCGCGAGUUUCACAUCAGCCUUCCAAUCUACAUUGUCACAGCGAAGAGCAUCCUCAUCAUCAACAACAACAACCUCAAAGACGAGGAAGACAAGAAGGAGCUCUCCCGACAGGUGCAACGGUAUAAAUCACAAGUAGAUGCCCUUGACAUUCUCACGGAGGAAGUGAUAGACAGAGCGAAUCAUGUCAACAAGUGCACGGGAAAUCUUUCUCGGUACCGAGAGCGUCAACGGCUCCUAUCUCACCUCGAAGCCCUGAAGGUCAUCGGGGAGCGUAUGAAAAGUAGAGGCAAGGUCCUCAUCGAACUGGAGAGAAGGUCCGAGGCCGGCGAGACCAUAUUCACUGGUGAUGAUGAUGAUGAUGAUGAUGAAUACGACGGCGGCGGAGGCAGCACCAAGGAGGAUAUUUCCAACUCUGUCACCCAACUUCUCUACGAAAUUUGUCUCGGGAUCGUGGCCUGUUUCAUUUUGCGGCGUUUAUGGGACAUCUGGUUCCCCAGGAAGUCGAGUAAAGGUCCAUGGACCGAGGAGGUGGGAGAAGGAGAAUCGGCGUCGGAUAGUAGCCCACCUCGCAACGCCGCAGAAGCAAAGUCAGAGGGUGGCGACGAGGAGCUCCCAGAGCUGCAAUAUCUCGCGAAGCCAUAG